UCUUCCCCCCGCCAUCAGUGUCCCUCCGAUCUACCAGUCAGUUACCUAGAUCGUUGCAGAUCGCUCCUGAUGGUUACCUGGCGAAAUAAGUUGGCGACCUUUCCCAUCAUCGGCCCUGGUGAUUACGGUCUUUCCACCUGGUUGCCAUUGUCAUCUCCAGAUAUUCGUUGCUAGGGUCACCAGAUGUGAUGUCACUGGGUGUGUUCGCCGCUGCAGCCUAGCAUCACACGUAUGGAUUUACUCUACGGCUUACGUCUCUGAUCUUUCACCUGAUGUGCUCUAUGACUUUUCUCGAGGAUUCUUCGCGUGCUCCAUGAAAACUCAGGAGCCUGAAUUAUCCCUGCACAUGUCGAUCCGCCUUUAAAGAUUCUGCCCCCCCACCAACCUGGUGGCGCCUUUAUCUCACUAUCCAUCGUUGAGCUUUUCUGGGGCGUGCGUGUUGAACGGCAUAAGAUGAGCGGAAUUCAUAGAUUCUUGACCAAACGCGAGAAGACCGGCAAACAGAAGAGAAAUAAGGAUGAGGAGACUACGAACAUCCUCUCCCGUCCCCACUUUCGCGGGCUGUUUUCCAGCCAGACGAGCGUGACAACGGAGAGCGCGAGUGAGGACGCAAAGAAGAUCAAAGUCCUUGAACGACGCCUUGCGCAGCUCGGCGUCACGGAUCUGAAACAGGAACAUCUCAGCUAUGCGCUACACUCGCCCCACGCCCAAGGAGAUGUGGACAAAGCGCUCGAGGUGCUGUUGCUUCUGGAAGACUCAAUUGAAGGCAUAAUCAAGGAAUACUCCCCUAGCACGAAACUCCUCGGCGCAGAGAACCGUAUGGGUGUCACUUGCUAUCUCGAUGCGCUUCUCUUUGCUAUGUUUGCUCGUUUGGAUUGCUUCGAGGCGAUCUUGUACACAUCCUUUCCGGACGAGCCCCGCCGAAAGCUUUCGGUACUAUUGAGAUUAUGGGUCAAUCUGCUGCGAUCAGGGAAACUCAUAACGAAGGAUCUUACAAAGCACCUGCAAGACGCUCUCGCGGAAUGCGGCUGGGAAUCGGCAGCUCAUCUCCGCCAGCAAGAUACGUCGGAGGCCUUUACUUUCAUCACGGAGAAACUCGAGCUGCCUCUGCUAACCCUGAAGAUGGACAUCUAUCAUACAGGGAAAGAGGACAAGAGUGGCGACCACAAAUUCGUCAACGAAAGGCUGCUAGAAGUUGCCAUACCUGAGCCAAGCGAGGGCCAGACUGCCGUCACCUUAGAGGAUUGCCUCGAGUCGUAUUUCAACAAUAAGAUUGAAGUAAAGCGCUAUCUCGAACGACACAACACGGCCGAUUCCGUCAAAUCAGCCGAUUCCCUGUCCAUGUCUAAAGGGUUCUCAACUCAUGUGGAGGCAGUUGAAGUCAGCUCGCCCCUAUCACCAUCGCCCACGCAGUCGGCUCUUUUGCGCAAUGACGAACUGACGCCGAUGCCGUCGAAGGCGGAGGUUGAACGGUCUAAUUCGUCCCGAACGCGACGGGACAGCAUCGUGCAAGAGCGAUUUAUUCCGGAAUCUGACGAGGAGGCUAUCGAUGGCAGCCCUGUCAAAAGCCCACCCCGCGGGUCUUUCCGAAAGGAGGUGAUGAUGCCUGCGUGGCAAUUUUUCAGCCUGAUACCGUGGUACACCGACAACACCCCGACGAAUGAUGCGCAGGUCGCAGCGCACUUCUCGGCCAAGCGACCAAUCUUGGGAAUGUGCUUGAAGCGCUAUUCCAUGCUCCCUAGCGGGAAGGCGGUCCGGCUCGACACCUUCGUCGAUAUCCCCACGGAGAUCGGUCUCCCGCAUUUUAUCCAGGACGACAGUCUCGAGGAGGAUGGCCCAAUCUACGGGAAUUUCAAGCUGUCGUUGCAAGCGCUCGUCUGUCACCGUGGGAAAUCGGUUGAUUCGGGACAUUACAUCGCCCUUGUUCGAGGCACCAGUGCCGGUGCGCCGCCCGCCAGUUCUCACGGGGAACCCGUCUCGUCGGACGCACCCCGCUACUGGAUGCGGUUCGAUGAUCUAGCCGCAGAGCGUGUCACGCUCGUUGACAUUGAGCAGGCCUUAAGGCACGAGUCGCCGUACCUCUUGUUUUAUCAGAUCCUGCCGGUGGAUGAAGAUGCGGCCGCAGCCAAUCUCCGGGACCGAAAUUCUUCGUUAGGAUACUCGGAGGACUCCCAUGACUCGGAUCCGGCUACCAUCACCCAUAAACUGCAGGCGUUGCGUACAGGCACUUCAUCAGAUGAUCUCACGGAGGGCGGCAGAUCCGGGCGACCCAGCUUCGAAAUCACUGUUUCAGAAAACACGCAGCCGGCGCCCGCCGAGCAAAUUGAGAAGAAACAAAGUAUCUUUUUCUCCGAUUCUGUCGAUUACGCCAACAAUCCCACAAGCUCUCACUGGGCUUCAGUCCCUUCCACCUCGCCGCAACUCCUCCCCAAGGAUGCCGAGGGGAAUCGGAAUUCCUUUGGAUUUCCUCGGCGCGGAUCCCGGGCAACCCGAAGCAACCCCGGAAGCCGUGCAGGCAGCCAGGCGAGCGAGAACCGGAUUAGCACUACGUUUCAACGGUUUACGGGGCGGCGCAGCCGGGAGAAAGUCAGCAAUGAUGGGUCCCUCCCCGACGGUGAUGACGAUUUUGUGUACCAGGACCUGUCAUCUUCCCCCACCAUUCGCUCAGUACCCAGCGGGGAGGCGAGGGACAAGAGUCCGCGACGUAAAGAGGGAACUAGCCAUAAGGAGAAGAAGGGGAAAUCCAAAGAGAAGCGAAUUGGCCGUAAGGUGGAGCGCGAGUGUGUGGUCAUGUAGAGGGUGGUGCGGGACACCUGCAUGGG